AUGGCAACAUCAAAGGCAUGGUUGCAUAUCGGCCUCGCUGUGCGAAUGGCGCAAAUGCUACGAAUGAGAAAUGAGUAUAACUGGCGCUAUGUUCCGCGUAAGCGUGAGAUCCGACGCCGAACAUUUUGGGCGUGUGUUAUCCUCGAUCGCCUGGUAGCAUACUGCACAUUUCGGACACAAACUAUUGAUGUGUCUCUGAUAAACCUACAUCUCCCAUGUAAUGACAUUGCCUUUGCCUUUGGGCAUGACUGCCCAGGCCCCAAGGUGGAACUGGGGGUAAUCGCUCCGCCUGAUCCCGCAGAGUCACUGCUCGCCUGUUUUGUCAAAGUUCUUCUCCUUUGGUCGCCCGUUGCGCAGGCAUAUGUGGACCGCGGCCGACGGUCGUCACAAUGCCCACUUUUCGAGCCCACAGGGAAGGCAUGGCAUGAUCAAGCAAAGAUCAAAGAAUUCUUACGAUCUCUCCCAGACGAAAUGCAAUGGUCUGAAAGUAACAUACGGGCGCAUCGAUGUCUUGGACAGCUUUCACACUUCAUCGGUAUGCACUUUCUUCUCCAGCAUGCUUUGUUCCUGCCACACCACGAGUAUCUUCCACAACUGGAAGAUGCCGACAUUUUAGAAUCAGUCACGCCUAUCGGAAGACUUGAUGCCGAGGGUCUGAGAUCCGACCAUAUUUCAAUAUCUAUAGCGGGUGCCAACCGUGUGGUGGAAAUGCUGCGAUUGAUUGACACCCGACCAUUCAGACUCGAAUAUUCCCCACCUGGAAUAUGUCUUGCAAUUCCAAUGGUGACUUCCGCCAGUGUGCUACUAUGGAUACACCAUUGCAGUCGUCUGGUGCAUACGGGAGCGAUGCGAUUCACAGACCGUGAUAUUGAUCAGGCCGCGUCAGAUGUGGAUUACUUACUUUUGUUGCUUGAUGGUUGGGCCAGGACUUGGAGCUUGGCCAAAUCAUUCGCAAAUUCCAUCCGACUUCUCAACGAGUUUUAUCAGACACUACGCGGCGUUGACAAGCGUGGCGCUGUUCCAGGUACUACAUACACUUUCAAUAGGAGGACUGGAGAAGAUACAGAUGGAGGCAUAGAGUCUGAAGUUGCAUCCCCAGCUCCUCGAUAUGAUGGCCAUAGAUUUCCUGAGCUCUUGGGGAUCCCUCACGCAACAUACUACAAAAUCCGUCUCAUAACUGGCCUGGUCCAUGAGCAACCUGAACUCGGUAGGAUGUUGUCACGGAUAUCCAACGACUCAUUCGCAGCCGUUGAAACUCAGUCUGAGACUUGGGGGGAAGAGAUUGAUGUCGGUUUCGAGAUGGACUUUUCCUGGAUGAACGAUGUGAAUAUGUUUAACAGCUGCUCUGGGCCACUUUUCAGUGACUCCACCCACAACUGCAAGAAUGACGUGGAAUAUUCUCUCAUUACCUCAUAA